UGUGUCAACAUGGCGCCUGUCUGCCGGACAAAAGGCGAAUCUGUCUGACGGCGGAUUGAAGCCCAAUUAGAAGCAGAGGAGACAUUUUGGGAAAACUGUCAGUGUCUGUGCGUCCCUGCGCCCCGAGGCAAUAGAUUUAUGGUAAAACAAACACCCGCGGAGGCUCUUAUACUGGAAUAAUAAGGAUGUUCCAGCAGUGUGAGGAGCCUCGCUUCACCAUUGAGCAGAUUGACCUCCUCCAGAGACUACGGAGGACGGGCAUCACCCAGGCGGAGGUCCUCCACGCGCUGGACACCCUGGACCACCUGGACCGGCAACAUGGGCACAAGUUGACCCAUAAACCUUCUUACAUGCCACCCUCGUCUUCCAACACGGUCGCCGCCUCUUCUUCCAUGACUUCGACCGCCACUCAGACAAGUUUUCCCAACAACCGACUCUCAUUGUCCCCUAACAACAACUUUGACACCACCUCCCCACCUCUGCCGGUUCCAGUAGCGUCACCUAAUACCAUGACAGCAGUGGUGCCAAACGGUUUAGUUUCCGUUACCAAUGGGAAGCUUUCACCGCCCCGGUUUCCUCUUGGUGUGGUUACGGCCAGUGUUGCCACACCAGGGUAUGCGUUUGAAGCCAGCGAAGAAGACAUAGAUGUUGAUGACAAAGUGGAGGACUUGAUGAGGAGGGACAGUGCUGUGAUCAAAGAGGAGAUUAAAUCCUUCCUGGCGAACAGACGUAUAUCCCAGGCUGUGGUUGCUCAGGUAACAGGGAUCAGUCAGAGCCGGAUCUCCCACUGGCUCCUACAGCAGGGAUCGGACCUCAGUGAGCAGAAGAAGCGAGCCUUCUUCCGCUGGUACCAGCUGGAGAAGACCAACCCUGGUGCUACUCUGGCAAUGCGAGCCACCCCCAUAGCACUGGAGGAGGUGAUGGACUGGAACCAGGCCCCGCCCACGUUUGGUUCGGCUCCCGGUGGCUUCCGUCUGCGGCGAGGGAGCAGAUUUACCUGGAGGAAGGAGUGUCUGACUGUCAUGGAGAGCUACUUCAAUGAUAACCAGUAUCCUGAUGAAGCCAAGAGAGAGGAGAUCGCCACCGCCUGCAAUGCUGUCAUUCAGAAACCAGGAAAGAAGCUGUCUGAUUUGGAGAGGGUAACAUCCCUGAAGGUCUACAACUGGUUUGCCAACCGCCGCAAAGACAUCAAGAGGCGUGCUAAUAUUGAAGCAGCCAUCUUGGAGAGUCAUGGAAUUGAGGUUCAAAGUCCAGGAGGUCAGUCCAACAGUGAUGAUGUGGAUGGCAAUGACUUUCCUGACCAGGCUUGUGAGGUGUCCUUAUUUGAUAAGAGAGCUUCAGCAAGGCAGUUCAGUUUCAGUCGAGCUGACCUAUCCUCUCCAACACAGGUUCCCACGCUGCUUCCCAGCUGGUUUUCUGCCCUGGGUAGAGGGGGCGUGUCUGGACAGAGGGGCACAUCUCUGAUUGGUCGCGCCCUAAUAUCAGGCACAGUUCCUCAGGCAGAAGGCUCCAGACUAACAGGCGUUUCGUGGUCCCCUCCUUCCCCCUCUCUCCAGGAUGAACCCACGGUUCACAGCGCCUUGUCCGAGGCCCAGGAUCCAAUCAGUUUGGAGAACGUGGCGGUGAGUGACAGCAGCCCAGUGGUAACCAAUCAGGUGGAUGGUGCAGGGUGCAGCAUGGGGAAUGACAUCAAGACGGAGACUCUGGAGGACGACUGAGGGGAGUGGCGGAUAUCGGAGCUUUCAGAGUGCUAAACAGGUGUCAUUAUAUGCAAGCAGAUUUUAUAGGAAUGUAAUAAGUGGAAAAAAAAAAUGACCAAAAGUCGUGUAAAGUCCAACCCUGAGAUACCUCCCAACCCUACCUCCAACCACCAACCUGCUCUGCUACGCUCGUAUAGGCAUUAUUAGUGUAUUAUAAUUAUAAUAUUAACAAUAAGCUUUUGUUUGUUAGUGUUCCCCAGCAAGCUAUGGAAAAUUUAAAAUGUACCUAAAAACAAAUCGAGCAAAGAAAGUGAAGUAGGGCGCACAUAUAAGGGAACACGCCAUAGCAGUCUUUCUUCGCUGACUUGUUUAUUUCUCGGGAUUUUAAGUCUUCCAUAGCAGGCUGACAAACAGGACUUUCAUGCAUUGUGCAGAUUUUCUUGGAAAACUGCUUUUUCACAGCAGGACAACACUGUAUUAGACAUGGGAUUCAAAUCGUUUCAGGGUCUUGCACUGUGAUCACAACACAACUGAACAGCCUCAAAAGAUAAAUGCAUUCAUUUUAGUUUAUAUUAACUGAUAGUUUUAAAGUGUUGCAGCACAUUUCUUCACAGUUCUUUAUAUUUGAAAUUCCUGCUGUUUCUCCAGCAGAAUAAUCUCCGGGCCGCGGCGCGUAGGUAACGUUUCUCUGAGCCCAAAAUGACUGAAAAAUGUAAAAAACUGAAAGAAAAAAAAACAAACAGUAUGAGCCUUCCCUGCCUGAUAAAAUAAGCUCAAUGUAUGGAAGCAACGAAAGGCCAUAAAAUCUAAUUUCAUGAACAACCCAACACCCAACCCAACACCAUUACUGUCAUUACCGAAUCCUUCAGAAUUUAUUGUAUUUAAGGAUUUUGCUUGUAUUCCUGUGAUUAAUUUGAAAUAUUAUUUUGGUCUUCUUUAGUUUUUUUGCUUUUUUCCCCUCUACUGCCGCAAGUUUAUAUUGAAAAUUCAACGGCCUAAAUUUGGACUAAAAUGCGAUUUUAUUUGAAAUUACCCAUUAUAAAUAUUUAAAUACUGUGAAUUUAACGGCAUUUAAACUAAUUAGGGCUUCAGUUUCCAUGGAGAUUAUAAUCCUGAAUGGCUGUACUUUGCUUCCAGAUCAAUAACAAGUGUUUUUUAUUUUUUUACUUUAAGCCAAAACUGUUGACAGAGUUCUAUAAAAACUAGAAACCUGGGCAUCCAUGUGACCUGGUCAUGUUUAUUCAUUUGUACCCAGUUACCUGCUGGGUUAUAUAAUUAAUAAUCAACACAUAUCAGUCAGCUGAGAGGAAUUCAAUAGUGUCAUAAAGCUGUUUAAAUACUAAAGAUUCAAGUGUAAAGUGAAUACAUGCAGAUGGGUGACAAAUUAAAGGAAACUGAACCUUUGACCUCUACAGUGUUGCGGUCCAGUGGCUCUGUUGUGCGUUUUGUUGGCACGGUUUGGGCCUUUUUGUUAGCAAACAUUUCUACCUUAAUGAGAGCGUUCUCUCUUCCAGGCUGGCAGCUCAUUGUGUCUGCAGGCAGUAAAAAUUUAACAAAGCAGAUCCUGUCUUUGGAUUUUUUUAAUUGAUUGUGUUUUGAGAUGCAUUUUUUUUGUUUUUUUUGAUGAACCCUCUCAUUGAUAGUGUUUGGUGUUGAUGGCACUGGUUAUAGGUCAUUGCUGGAAGGUGGUGCUUUAUUAGGGGGCAGGUCAUCCAUUAAUUGGAAGGUCAGUGGUUCAAUCCCAGCUCCUUCUGUCUGCAUGUUGAAGUGUCCUUGGGCAAGACAGUGAAUCCCAAGUUAGAGCCUGAGCAAUAUAAGCUUUUUAAGACAGGUAUUGAUAUGAUAUUUGGCAAUUUAAAAAAAAAAUCUGAUAUUCGGAUAUAUCGGCCAAUAUUUUUUUCUUUCACACACAUGAAACACAAUCAGAUUUCCCUAAUAUUUUCCAAGCGUAGGUAUUUAUUUACUCGUUUACACUCUGCCCAACUCUGCUUGGAUCAGCUGAUGAUGCCUGUUGGCAACAGGGAAGAUGCAUAGUGCCCUCUGUUGGAGAAACUCUGGAACAGCAACACUCAUAAUGUGUUUCUGCCGUCUCUUACUGUUAUAAUUGCAGAUACAAUAGAUUGGUAGAUAGCUAAUAUUGGCUGGUAAUGUUAAUGCCCCCAGAUGUAGGUGUGCACAAUAGAACACUUAAAGGCCCAGAGUAUAGAAGCACUAUAUGAGCACCAGUCAAUUUAACAUUUAUCACUUUGGCAGUGUUUGGUUGUGAGCAGAUGAACAGCUCAAAAAUGAGCCAAGAAAACAAUUUUUCAUUUUUUUAGGCUUUUGAGACUAGAAAGAAAACUCUCGUAAGCUGUGAAGAGUCUGCAAAGGUUUGUGCUGCACCGUGGAAGCUGCCGUUAGUUAGAUCUGCCCGCAUCUCUGCCCAUGCACCCACCGCUGAGCUCUCCUUCUGUGAUGGUGCAUGGGUACUGUGAAAUCAGGUCACGCCGCACGAGGUCAUUGACUGGUUUAAUGAGGAUGAAAGUGAUGCGAAUCAUACUGUGUGCUUUUGCCUUCAUAGUCACCAGAAUUUAACCCACUUGAGCACCUGUGGGAGAGUGUGGGCUGGCAUGUUAGACAGCACUCUGAAAAUACCAAGUAGAGUUUUAGAAAUUUGGAGAAUGACUGAAUCUGCAGCACAUGGAGGACCAACACCUCCACAAGACACUCGGUGUUUGUUUUUCCUUUAAUUUCUUACCCAUCUUUUUAUUAUGUGUGUGUGCAUAGACACACAGACUAUACUUAUAUACAGUAUAUGUACCCAAAUCCAUUUCUAUAUACAGUAUAUAGACAUAUUAGCUUCAAAUGAGAGAAACUUAUCAGUAUGAGUCUAUCAUGUUGGUGAAAGAUGAGUGAAACAUUAGCCAAAGUAUUAAGUUUAAAAUUUUUUGUGUAUUUUCUGAGUGUAUGAAUGAAACUGUGUGUGAGGUAUGCUAAUCAAAGACGCAUCAGAUGUGUCAAACAAUUUCAAGCAAAAUGCAUCGUUUUUAAUUUUCUUUUUCAGGCGUAUCCGUGUCUGUGCUCGAUAUGCCAUGUGUUCGAAACACACACUGUCACUUUUAAGUUUUUAUUUUCAUUUUGAAUGACACUUAAUUUGUUCAUGGUGCUUUGAGUCCUUGUUGAAAUAUUUCAUUGAUCACUAAGAGUGACUGACAGACCAGAGAAAAAAAAAUGUUCUCGUUAGUUAAAUUCUCUUGAAAUGAGCGUGAGAAGAAGUCUUCUUUAACUAAAAAACUACUAAAUAUCUGACUGAGGUGAAAUCGAGAAUAUGUAAGGUGAGUGCAGCCGUUGUAGAAGUCCAAAAAUACGUUUCUUUUUGUGCGUGUGCUUGUCAAACAAUCACUGAGUCACAUUUUUAACUUUAUGUCGUAAAUAUUUUAAAGUUUAAAUACACAACAUCACAAAUGAAAAAUACUAAGUGUUGAAUUACACAGAAACCCUGACAUUUACUAAACCUUUAGGUUUUAAAUGUAUUUUUUAAAAACUGGGAGCAUGGAUGUAUGUUGUUGGCCAUAAUUUAACUGUCUCAGUCAGAUCCACUUAUUGGUUCAAACCACCCAAGAUGUGAUUUCAAAGAAGUCCAGAUGUGACUUAAUUGAUCAGUGGGUGAUGUCACAUCUGGACUACAUCUUUGCUGAAGUGUUUGUUGUUUAUAUUACUGAAGCUCCAGAACCCCAAAAUGAUUUCUGGAGCAGUGAGUGCAAAGUGAGUAAGGGCUUUGGGGCCUCCACCCUGCUGGGAUGGAAGGAUCCAGUGUUGAGGCUGAGUUUGUGGGCCAGAAAACCAAAACAGUGAGAAGUGACUGCAGUCAGCACUGUGAGCUACUCCUUUCACAUCACACAGACAUUCAUCCACCUU